CUUCAGCCGUUUGUUUUGUAUUUCCUCUCCCUCUUCGUGACCAUAGAGUCAAUCUCCUUCCCCUCGGCUUAAAAAAGCCUCAAGGCUUUGGUUUGAUUUGCUCCUCAGUUCUCGUCUACCUUCAAUCCGGCAACCAUGGGAGGAGGCAACGGUCAGAAGUCCAAGAUGGCUCGUGAGAAGAACCUUGAGAAGCAGAAAUCUGCUAGGGGAAGCCAGUUAGAGUCCAACAAGAAGGCUAUGACCAUCCAGUGCAAGGUGUGCAUGCAAACAUUCAUGUGUACCACAACUGAGGUCAAGUGUCGGGAACAUGCUGAAGCAAAGCACCCAAAGGCUGACGUCUAUACAUGUUUUCCUCAUCUUAAAAAGUGACUGUUUGAUUGCAAAGUGAGAGCUUGUGGAUUGAUAUUUGGAGAACUUGCAUGUAUUGUACUUUGUUGUAACAUGACAAACUUGGUUAAUGGAGCUAUCUAUCUAAUCGAGGAAGUCUUUAUGCCCUU